AUGCGUGCAAAACUUAGCGCCUCCGAAGCCGAGAUACUGCAAUCGGAGUUUUUUACUGACUGCCUGGAGACUAUCGGGCCGGCUCUUCUCAGCAUCGAACGAAUCGUUUGCCUGGGGCUCGGAAAAUUUACCGAGUGUUCCACUGCUAGGUACCAGCUUGCGUUUAUACGCUGUUUGCGCGACAAGUUUCUACCCGGCCUUCGUGGACAAUUUUUCGAUCCGGUCUUUGGGCCUUCGGAGAUUGAAGCACUGCUGUCACUCGAUGAAACCGUGCUGCAAGAGAAUCUAGAAGGCAAGUACUGUGCAGAGCGCAGAACACUUUUCUAUUUACCGCACUGUCCGAAGCAAAUCGUCAAUAACGUGCUCUGGAGCAAUUGGCAGUCAGAUCGCCUCGGCAACGUCACACUCAUCAGCAACAGUUUUGCCAGCAUUGUGAAUAACAAUCCUCACCGAUUGUUGCAAACCAGCGCGGGAUAUAUUGUGAGGGCGGCAGAUUUUUUCGACGAGGUCCCACUCAAGAACACUUUUAGAUUCAGCGACAUUUUCAACGACACUUCGUUACAUCACUUACCAUUGGGGGCGACAUUUCCGGCCGGAAUUUGGGAUAACAGCGAGGAACCCGCAUACGAUACGGACGAUCUUGAACUUAUUUCGAAAGAGCUUGUCCGGCAGCUUGUGCUCUCGACCAAGGAAAAACUGUAA